AUGAGAGAGCCGUGGUAUACUGGAACAUCCGGAGAAGAUGGAAAUAGAAGGUUUUCUUUUUUUUUCUCUGUAGAAAAGGAAAAUCCGCUCCUACUUGUACUCUUUUCUUUUCUUUUCUUCUUUAUUCUUCUUUUUUAUUACCUUAUUUAUGUGUCACUUCUUUUGUUUUUCUCUUUUACUUUUGUUUUUCAUUCUUUUUCUUCUUUUUUCCUUUCCUUUUUCUUCAUUCUAUUUCGUUUAUCUUUCUCUUUUUCUUUCCUUUUUGUAUAUUUUCUUAUUUUUUCUUCGUUUCUUUUUUCUACUUUCAAUUUUUUGUUUCUCUUCUAUGUUCUUUCUAUUUAUUUCCCACUUUAUGUUUCCCUUUUGUUUUUCUUUGUCUUUUUGCGUCCUUUCUUCUUGUUUCUUCUUCUCUGGGUUUUUUAUUUCUACAUUUUCUUUUUUAAUUCUCUUUUUUUCUUCUUUCUUAUUUCCUCCGUUAAGUUUGUCUUUUUUGUUUGUCUCUGUCCUUUUCUUUUCUUCUUUAUCUUUUUUCUCUUCUUUUUAUUUCUUUCUUUAUGUUUCUAUCUAGUUUUUCUUUGUUUUUUUUCCUUUUCCUUUUCAUUUCUUGUUUUUCUUUGUUUUCCAUUUUGUUUCUCUUCUUUUUCCUUUCUUUAUGUUUUUCUUUGUCUCUUUUUUUAUUUUUGCUUCUUUUCUUCUUUUUCUACUUUUUCUUCUUCUUUUAUUCUUACUUUUCUCUUUCAUUUUUUAUUUCUUUCUUUAUGUUUCUCUUUUGUUUUUCUUUGUCUUUUUCUUUUCUACUUCUUUCUUCUUUUCUUUUUUUCUUUCUUCUUUCUUUUUUAUUUCCUUCAUUAUGCUUCAAUUCUUUUGUUUUACUUUGUCUUUUCUUUCUAUUUCUUUUCUUCUUUUUCUCUAGUUUUCUUUUUUUUUUUGAUUCUCUUGUUUUUUUCUUCUUUUUUAUUUUCUUCUUUAUGUUUCUCUUCUUUUGUUUUACCUUCUCGUUUUCUUUUCUUUUUGCUUCUUUUCUUCUUUUUCUACUUUUUCUUUUUCCUUUUUCUCUUCUUUUUCGUUGUCUUUUUCUUCUCUUUCUGCUUCUUUAACCUUUCUGUUUUCUUCUUCUUUACCUUUCCCUUUAUUUCCUUUUCUUUGUUCAUCGUUCUCUUUGCUUUUUCUUUCUUUUAUUCUGAGCCUUUACCCUCCGUCAUUGUUGUUAUCCUGCCAUUCAUUCCCAUUGACUAG